AUGAAGCCUUCAAGACUCCCCGAUGGCCACGGCAGCCUCUACAAAGAAGUGCGCUUCUCGCCGACGCAAUCUCCAUCCCGUCGCACCAAAUCCGUAUCGGCUACUUUCCCUCCUACCAUCACAGGCUACGGCCGAACCGCCUUUCACAACUCCGCGCUCCUGGAUUCUUUCGCCAUGGACACCUCCUACAUUGACCAGUCGCGCGCAUUACUUCAGAGCCAACGGGUGAACUUCGAGGCGGAGAGGACACUAUUCGCGCAGGAGAGGAGAUUAUGGGAGAAGGAGCGGGCCUUGCUGCGAUCGAAGAUUGCCGAGUUGGAGACAGUGAUCAAGAGCCCAGGGAGAGAUAAUAAACUGGGGCCCGAGGCCACCAAUUUCGUGCUCAGCGCAUCACAGCUCAAGACCACAAAUGGCUUAACAGCUCAGGUCUGGGAGGGAUCAAGUCCGAACAGUCAACCCACGAGGGUUUUCUUUGACAUGGAGUCUCCAAACCACGCCCACAUCUCGCCGGUCUCCGACAGUGGGAUGAACCCGCCGUCCUUAGACCGGGCCUUAUCACCCCAAGGGCAGGCGAAUGAUCUGUCCGGAGCGCCCGUGAGCUUGCCCGUGCCAAUCGAAAAGCUUGACAGUACGCUAGACGGUAUCACACUGAAAUCGACGGCAUUGCCGCCGGGGGUCGUUGCACGGGUGAUCACUCCGCCUUCGCCAUCGCCCCUAGGAACAGAGGUUUCCCCUUCGACCCCUGGGGCGGCUGCAAGGCCCGGCAUCGAACACCGAAACAGUCUCAAACUGAAGCUGUCAGAGCUCGGCCCGCCCAAUGAACGAUUGCUCCGCGAUGCAGGCCACACGCCGAUGGCGAUCAUUGACGCCGAUGAGAGUCAACGCUCCACAAAAGAGGGAUCUCCCCUCGAGGUGCCCUCGCAGUCUGAGGAGGUUCCUCUUGCGCCCAUGGCAACCGUGACUCAACCGUCCGAAAACAAGGUCUCCUACUUCCCAGAGCUUCCUGACCUACCAGACGAUCCCGCUCUCAAGGGGCCAUUGGGUCUUGUGAACGACGAGGAGCACGAUAAUGACUUUCUGAGCGCAUUGGAUCGAAAACUCCUUGAUCAAGCUAAGAAUAUCCUCGGUUCCUCAGUCGAGUCGGCAGAUCCCAACGAGACGGACCCCGAAUCCGAGCACCCGACUCAAGGCGACAGGGAGCCCGAACUCAAGUUCAAAAAGUCCACUAACUUUGGCUCGGCAUUCGGAAUUUCAAAUCUGAGUUAA